AUGUCUUUCUUCGGUGGUGGUGCCAAGAACAGCCAAGCUGUGAACCCGCAAGCUGUUGCUCAGGCGGAAGGUGAACUCGAUAUGAUCAUGGAUCUCUUUCAACGGCUAGGCAAUGCGUGUCAUACCAAGUGCAUCAACAAGACCUAUCACGAGUCUGAUCUCAAUAAGGGCGAGUCUGUGUGUAUUGACAGGUGCGUGGGUAAGUACUUCGCCACCAAUGUCAAGAUUGGAGAGAAGCUGCAACAAAAGAUGGAGCAAGGCCAAUCGAUGGGUAUGGGUAUGUAA